AUUUUAUCAUUUUAUCCAUUGACUUGCACAAUUUACUUAUCUUAUGAAACGAUCUGCAUACGAACGACAAUUUACCGAAGAUAAAGCAACACUAAGUCGACCGGAUCCCGAUGCCAAAUUACGUCUCCAACGUGCUGACUCGAAACGAUCGUCCAAAAUUACAAAAAAGAAAUCAUUACCUCUAGUAUUUAUAGUGAUGACACAUAUGAAUAUAGGGCAUGAAAUUAGAAAAUCAUCAUCCGCAGAAUACUAUACGCGUGCCGGGUUCAAACGAACUACUAACAGAAUCAAUAACGAAAAGUCAGAAGCAGUUCGAACAGUUGAAGCCGCCAUUACAACAAAUAGAACGACAAGAAUGAUUGGGAUUAUGGAGUACAUCAACUCGACACUAGAAGCGUUGGAAGUAUUAACAACACUCUAUGGUCAAGAACAUCUACAAGGUCUCAAGUUCCUAAAUUAUCAAGGCAGACAGAUGAUGGAUGAAGAACUAUACAAAGCUCCUCUUGGUGCAGAAGAAAGAUUGGCAAAUCGUAGUUAUGGUAACUAUCAAAGAAGACGCAGAAGACCAAGAAGGAUAAGCAGAACUAAUAAAUGUACAACCUCCUCCUACAAUAAAAACAAGAAUUCUUUCUCCAACGACGUGAUCACCGGUCCUGGCGAAGAAUCCAAGCGCAUGUAUGCAGUAUUAAUGUGUCGUCAUUGCAAUACUAUGUGGCAGCACGAUAUCAACGCGUCAAGAAAUAUCCGGUCUCUUUUCUUCAACCUGGCCACUACUGGAAAAAGACCGGGUCACCUGGCUCGACCUCCUCCUUGAUAUGAUGAUUGAUCCGUGUAUCAAACACACGUCGAUGUUUGCAGUUUUUAUUUGUUUGACAGAAUUCAUGCAUCCUUUUGAACAUUAAACAAUUCUUCACAAGAUAUAGGAGAAGUAUAAACUCUAAUUGAUAUUAUAAUACAACUUUUAAUAAAAUCUUAUUGAUAUGAUAAUACAACCUUUAAUAAAAGAUAUUUAUUGAUGAUGUUGAUAAU